CUGACACUUCCCAGCACUGUUAGUGUUGUAACAGUAACGCCGAUAUCGAUUCAUCGAUAUUAAAUCAACAAUCUGUGGAGCACGCGGCCGGCACUGUUUUUGUAUUUUUAUUAUUAUUGUUAAACACAUUAUGUCUGCAAACACGAGUAUUAUUAUGCCCGGCGAGCGUGUUACGCUUGUGGAAGACGCGGCGAAGAACAAGCGCGUCAUACUAGGCCCAGGACUAAGAAGACUGGAUGACAAAGUUGUAGCCAGCAAGGCGGGCCCGCUCCGACACAAAGAGCCAAACACAUUUUGGGUGGACAACUAUCAACGGCGUUAUGUGCCAGCGAGAGGAGAUCUAAUUAUUGGCAUAGUGAAGGCUAGAGCGGGCGAUUUAUAUCGCGUGGAUAUUGGUUCAGCGGACAUGGCCUCAAUUUCCUACCUUGCAUUUGAGGCAGCUACAAAAAAGAAUAGGCCAGAUCUAAAUCCUGGGGAUCUGCUCUACGCCCGCGUUCUCAAUGCCAAUGCGGACAUUGAGCCCGAGCUAGUGUGCGUAAAUUCAAAUGGCAAAAGCGGCAAGCUGGGUGUUUUGCAAGAUGGAUUCUUUUUCAAGUGCAGCCUAAACCUAGGCCGUCUAUUGCUGCGAGAAAGCUGCCCAGCACUGGCAGCCCUCACCGAGGAGCUGCCCUACGAGAUUGCCGUGGGUGUCAACGGUCGAAUUUGGGUGAAGGCGCACUCAAUGCGAGAAACAGUGGGCUUAGCGAAUGCGAUUAUGGCCCUAGAACAGGCUGGCUAUUCGGAGAUAGAGAAGAUCUGUGGGAAUCUGAAUGGUGUGGUGCAAGCGUGAAUAAUUAAUGUCAAAUUUCAAACU